ACUAAUGCUCUGUGAUACAGAACAAAAUUCCCCUUGUCAAGACUAGGAUGUAGUUUUUCGAACUGUAAUAUCUCGGUUCUCUUGAUCGUAACACAGGACGCCGCUUACUAAAGAACAGUGAAGAUUUUGUGGUCUUGCCAAAAUGAGUAAAAUGGUUCAUCUGAUAAGCGGGCAUCAAAUGCCAAUUAUUGGAUUCGGAACCUACAAAAUACAAGGAUAUGAUCUUAUUUAUACAGUGCUAGAAGCUGCAUUGGCUGCAGGGUACAGGUCAAUAGACACAGCAUCUGUGUAUAGAAAUGAAUCGGACAUAGGAAAAGCAUUAAAAAUACUUUUGCCAAAAUAUAACCUUGAAAGAAAAGACAUAUUUAUCACCAGCAAACUUGGACCUUCAGAGCAAGGUAAAGGAAAUGCUAAAGCUGCAUUGUUAGGCUCCAUUCAAAGACUUGACUGUGAAUAUUUAGAUCUUUAUCUUAUACAUUGGCCUGGAACAUCUCAGUAUCAGCCAAAAGAUGAACAUAACAGACAACUUCGAAAGGAAAGCUGGCUUGAUAUGGAGGAGGCAUUCAAACAAGGCAAAGUCAAAUCUCUCGGUAUAUCCAAUUACCUAACAAGACACAUUGAAGAGUUGCUUAGUUACUGCACUGUCAAGCCCUCAGUUUUACAGACUGAAUACCACCCACAUCUUAUACAAGCAGAUGUCAAGAAAACUUGUGAUAAACAUAACAUUCUUCUUCAAGCUUAUUCAUCUCUAGGAACUACCAGCUCUAAAGAGCUUAUCAGUGAUCCUAAAGUUGUGGAAAUAGCAAAACAAUGCCAAAAGUCUCCUGCUCAAGUUCUGUUAUGCUGGGCUGUUCAACAAGACAUUGGUGUUCUUCCAAAAUCAACCAAUCCCUCACAUAUUAGAGACAACUUUGAUAUAUUUUCAUUUUCACUUACCAGUAAACAAAUGGAAGAACUGUCUCAUUUAAACAAAGAGGCCCAUUAUUGUUGGGACCCAUCAAAAGUAGCAUGAGCUUUGAGUAUCUUCAGUAACUUAGUGGUCCUUCAAAGAAGCCAAAGAUCUCUAUAGAAUAAUACACUUAACUUAUUCUUAGAAAAAAACACAUUUUACUUAGAUUUUAUAAAUGGUUUUAGAAUGUUAAGAUUUUUCUUUUACAUAAUAUUUAGAUUUUUCUUUGAUAUACAAUGUUUCCAUUUUUCUAUGACUUGUUAAUAAGGAAGCAGAUCUAAAAGUUUCUACAUCUUAUCCCAGUUGUAGAAUUUUUAUUUCAAGUUAUGAUAUUGCAUUUCAUAUUUGAAAACUCAUUUUUCUUUUAGAUGAAUAUUUAUGUAAUCUUACAGCAGGAUUUGAAUUCUCAGAUUUAAUUCUUUUAGUGUUUUAGAUAACUAAUUGAAUUUAAAAAAUAACAAUUUUAAUAUUCUAUUAUAGUUAGGAUGAACAUCAACAUAUUUGUAAAAAUUCUCUAGAUCUACUUUCAAUUGAUGAUGUUUGUGUUAUGUAAGAUUAAUCUUAUAAAACACCACAAUAAACUAUUGAUUACCUGUUUAAUUUAUAGCUAUAUAUUUCAUAUGAUGUUUUAUUAUUGGAUUUAUGUAUAACUCUUGCUCUCAAAUUCAAACUUUUAAAUAAACAUAUUUUUAUAUUUUGA